AUGACUUGGGCAGACUUUGUUCAGGCAUUUGGCAAAAAGAACUAUAGUGUAGCUGUAUUGGAAACCAAGGUGGACGAGUUCGUGACUUCGGUUCAGGGGAACCUCUCUGUCACUGACUAUGCACAUAAGUUCCAUAGGUUGGAUAAAUUUGUGCCUGAAGUUGUACCAACCGAAGCCUUGCGAGUCCAAUGGUUUAUGAGAGGACUCAAGCCAAUGAUUUCUAGGAAUGUUAAGAUGACCAGUGCUAAGGUGGUCAGUUAUGCCAAGAUAUUAGAUAAGGCACUCGAAGCGAAAUAUUUUGAGGAUCGGAUAUGGAAGGACAAUGCUGCCAGAAGGGAGGCCAACCGAAACAAGGGCUUCCACGAGGGCAAUAAGAGGAAAGCUAAUGAAAGGCAGAAUAGUGGCACCGACAAGAGGCCUAGACCCGCGACCAUAAAUAACAACAAUCACAAUAGUCAUAACCACCACAACAACCGCCACAGUCACAAUAAUGAUCGUAACCGCGGGAAUCACCAGAACAACAGAGUUGAGCACCCUAGCUCAUCUAUAGCAAUAGAGAGCAGGGAAUGCCCGGUGGAUCUUGUAGAAUUAGACAUACCAGACUAUGAUGCCAUACUUGGAAUGGAUUGGUUAUCCAAACAUGGAGUGACGAUUGACUAUCGGAAAAAGACCGUGGAGUACAGAAUAGAAGAAAGAGAACUCUUUUCUUUUAAGGGAGAACAUGGAUGUUCAAAAUUUUUGGAUAGUGUGGUGGAUAAAUCCAAGGAGAUAGAUUUGAAACCAAAGAAUGUUCAUAUUAUUUGUGAGGUUCCAGAAGUGUUUCUCGUGGAAUUACUAGGUUUACCUCUGGACAAAGAAAUCGAAUUCAUGAUCGAACUUGCACCAGAAACAACACUAGUAUCUAAAUCACCAUAUCCAAUGGCACUGACAGAGUUGAAGGAACUUAAGACCCAGCUACAGGAAGAAUAA